CUUGACGUCAGAAGAGUUACAGGGUGUGUUAAGUGGCCUGAGGUAGGACUAAAUAUAUUUAAAUAGUGGAGUAGGGUGGUGUUUUAAAAAAAAAUGGUAAAGCAAAAUAAGUAAGUUAUACUCCAGUCUAGUAGGUGACGGUAAUGCAACAUUUAUAGGACGCCAACCACCCUUAAACCUCAUCGAAGAAGAAGUGGCUAGCUUCACACAGGUAUGGCGCGAGGCAGCAAGUGCACUGGAAUCUGUUGAAAGCAAACUGCGAAGUGAGGAAAGAGAGAGAGAAAAUGAAGUUCCUACACACGUGGAUUAAUUUAUAUCACUGUAGUUAUUUUAAAGAGAUUAUGCCUGUCAGACGGCUUUAAAACUAAAUCAUUAAACGUUCGUUGAGUUUGACUCUAGUGGAGAAGCUUGCUAUGCUCACGCACACAAACAAAUGACUGAGAACAACCCGCUGGACGUGCCGAGACCGUGCACACCUAUGGACAGAGAACGGACGAAUGACACGGGGAAACAUUUUAGAAACACCCUUUGUCGUCUUAAUUUAUUAUUACACAAGUUAAACUGUUCGGAGAUCAAAGACGCUAGCAAGCUAUAUUUUUUUAACGUUUCGAUAGAAGAUAAUUUGUAAACGGCACCCCCUCCCUCCAGGAUAAAACCAUAACAUAUAUGAUCAGAUUAAGGAAUAUGCGGCGUUAAAAACAUUUGACGCGUCAUAAAACCGUAUAGGAAUAUUUUAGCCUCUACCAAAAGCAGCUUCCUCAUUAUCUACAGAACUGUCAACAGAGCUAGCAGCAGUUUUAUCGCUUUGUUUACCUCGCUACUGUAGCUAGCUAGCUAACGUUUUUAGAGCAGGCUCCACAGUUGGAUGGAUAACGUUAGCUAACCUAGCUACCAACUAAACGUGGUGCCACCACUGGUGGGUAAUGCUUGCAGCCCCUCUAUAUGACAACCAGCUAUUGGUUGUUGGGACGAGCAAUUUGAAUUGGUCCUGUUUUAUUUGACUGGCUGUUAGGAAAGCUUCCAAAGAGCGAGUGCAAACGGGGUCGUCCGGUUUUCAGCCAGUCUUCAUUGCCACUGGGUCACCAUGGCACAGCAGCAGAUGCCAAGCUCUCAGAAGGCACUAAUGCUUGAACUGAAGUCUCUCCAAGAGGAACCAGUGGAGGGUUUCCGCAUCACACCAGUAGAAGAGUCCGACUUGUACAACUGGGAGGUGGCCAUAUUUGGACCCCCCAACACACUUUAUGAGGGAGGAUACUUCAAGGCACACAUGAAGUUUCCAGUUGACUACCCCUACUCUCCACCUACUUUCCGUUUCCUCACAAAGAUGUGGCACCCCAACAUAUAUGAGAAUGGGGAAGUGUGUAUCUCCAUCCUUCACCCCCCUGUUGACGACCCACAGAGCGGAGAGCUACCCUCUGAGAGAUGGAACCCCACCCAGAAUGUCAGGACCAUCCUACUGAGUGUGAUCUCUCUGCUGAACGAGCCCAACACCUACUCCCCGGCCAAUGUCGAUGCCUCUGUUAUGUUCCGCAAGUGGAGAGACAGCAAGGGCAAGGACAAAGAGUAUGCUGAGAUCAUCAGGAAGCAGGUAGUGUCCACUAAAGUGGAGGCGGAGCGGGAUGGGGUGAAGGUCCCUACCACGCUGGCGGAGUACUGCAUCCAGACCAAAGUGCCUUCCCACGACAGCAGCUCGGACCUGCUUUACGACGACCUCUACGAUGAUGACAUUGAGGAGGAUGACGAGGAAGACGAGGAUGAUGCAGAAGCUGGGUGCCAGAUGGCCGGAGAGGAGGGGAACUGCUUAAUUGACGAGGAAGACUCGGGCAACGAAGAGUCAUGACCUUCCUCCUCUCGCUUUUUAUCCUGCUCCUCCCCACACCCUUCCUACCAGAGACUCUGCUGCAGCCUCCUCCUAUCCUUACUUUCUGAUUCCUUACCACGUGCGCACACAAACACACACUCUUGCUGGAUUCAUCCCAUUCUUGACGGCUUCCCAUAGCACUUAACAUGCCCAUAUUCUAUUAAGGCGCUCUACACCUGAAGCAGGGAUUUUUAACGGCUGUAUGGUGGUCAGAUUUCAUGUUUUUUUAUGGCAUUUUUCUUAUUCAGCAAUUUGAGGGGUCAGUUUUAAACAGUUCAACAUAAUCACAUGCUUUAUAAUGACACCAAUCUGGCUUGUAUGAUGUCUACCAGUGUUGCCAACAAUUUUUUUGCGAGAAUUCCUAUUUGGCUGCUUGAUUUGUUGCCAGAUGAUGUUUUGCUGUUACCAUGACAUUUUCUCCCCUUCUCUCACUGCACACCCCCUCCCCUUAUGCUUCUGUACCUGUGUGUGCGGUGUUGCUGUGACUUCUGUUGCAUAGGCAGCUUUUCUCACUUCCGUUUGUGGAAUUAUUUAGUGGGAAAAGUCACUAAAGGGUAUCAAAACUCAUCUCCAAGGCAGCCUGAAAAGUAGCUUAAUUUCUCGCUAGGCCCUUUGACAAAUAAAAGUUGCACUGGGGGUCUGAAAACUCACUUAAUAUAGCGACUAAGUUGGCAACACUGGUUUCUACCCCUCCCAGGGUUAACAUGCACUCUCCUAAACUAGUUCUAAUUCCGUUGUGUUAAACCAAAUCCUAUUCAGACGUAAAAACACAAUUUAAAUUAACUCUAAUUUGUUCUUAAACUGUGGAACAGGGUGGUAAGAUGUACUCAAUUAACUUGCAGGACACAGCCAGUGAAAUAUCAGUGCGGCAAAUUCAAAAACAACAAAAUGUCAUAAUUCUACUUUCUCAAACAUACAACUAUUUUACACCAUAUUAAAGAAACUUUUCGUUCAUCUAACCACAUUGUCCGAUUUCAAAAAGGCUUUACAGCGAAAGCAAAACAUUAGAUUGUUAGGAGAGUACAUAGACAAAAAUAAUCACACAGCCAUUUUCCAAGCAAGGACAUGUCAAUAAAACCCAAAACACAGCUAAAUGAAGCACUAACCUUUGACGAUCUUCAUCAGAUGACACUCCUAGGACAUUAUGUUACACAAUACAUGUAUGUUUUGUUCGAUAAAGUUCAUAUUUAUAUCCAAAAA